GGGCCCCAGACAGUCCAAACAGGGGCUUUACAGAAAUGCACUGUAUGAGUGGCCAUUCCAAUUUUGUAUCUUGUGUAUGCAUCAUACCCUCAAGUGACAUCUACCCUCAUGGCCUAAUUGCCACUGGUGGAAAUGACCACAAUAUAUGCAUUUUCUCACUGGACAGUCCAAUGCCACUUUAUAUUCUAAAAGGCCACAAAAAUACUGUUUGUAGUCUAUCAUCUGGAAAAUUUGGGACAUUACUUAGUGGUUCAUGGGACACCACUGCUAAAGUCUGGCUGAAUGACAAGUGCAUGAUGACCUUGCAGGGUCAUACAGCUGCAGUGUGGGCGGUAAAGAUCUUACCUGAACAGGGCUUAAUGUUGACUGGAUCAGCAGACAAGACUAUUAAACUGUGGAAGGCUGGAAGAUGUGAGAGGACUUUUGCAGGGCAUGAAGACUGUGUAAGAGGUUUGGCAAUUUUGAGUGAAACAGAAUUUCUUUCCUGUGCAAACGAUGCUAGUAUUAGGAGGUGGCAAAUCACUGGCGAGUGUCUUGAAGUAUAUUAUGGACAUACAAAUUAUAUUUACAGCAUAUCCGUUUUUCCAAAUUGUAGAGACUUUGUGACAACAGCAGAGGACAGAUCUCUGAGAAUCUGGAAACAUGGGGAAUGUGCUCAAACCAUCCGACUUCCAGCUCAGUCUAUAUGGUGCUGCUGUGUGCUCGACAAUGGUGACAUUGUGGUUGGUGCGAGUGAUGGCAUUAUUAGAGUGUUUACAGAAUCAGAAGAUCGAACAGCAAGUGCUGAAGAAAUCAAGGCUUUUGAAAAAGAGCUGUCUCAUGCAACCAUUGAUUCUAAAACUGGCGAUUUAGGGGACAUCAAUGCUGAGCAGCUUCCUGGGAGGGAACAUCUUAAUGAACCUGGUACUAGAGAAGGACAGACUCGUCUAAUCAGAGAUGGGGAGAAAGUCGAAGCCUAUCAGUGGAGUGUUAGUGAAGGGAGGUGGAUAAAAAUUGGUGAUGUUGUUGGCUCAUCUGGUGCUAAUCAGCAAACAUCUGGAAAAGUUUUAUAUGAAGGGAAAGAAUUUGAUUAUGUUUUCUCAAUUGAUGUCAAUGAAGGUGGACCAUCAUAUAAAUUGCCAUAUAAUACCAGUGAUGAUCCCUGGUUAACUGCAUACAACUUCUUACAGAAGAAUGAUUUGAAUCCUAUGUUUCUGGAUCAAGUGGCUAAAUUUAUUAUUGAUAACACAAAAGGUCAAAUGUUGGGACUUGGGAAUCCCAGCUUUUCAGAUCCAUUUACAGGUGGUGGUCGGUAUGUUCCGGGCUCUUCAGGAUCUUCUAACACACUACCCACAGCAGAUCCUUUUACAGGUGCUGGUCGUUAUGUACCAGGUUCUACAAGUAUGGGAACUACCAUGGCCGGAGUUGAUCCAUUUACAGGGAAUAGUGCCUACCGAUCAGCUGCAUCUAAAACAAUGAAUAUUUAUUUCCCUAAAAAAGAGGCUGUCACAUUUGACCAAGCAAACCCUACACAAAUAUUAGGUAAACUGAAGGAACUUAAUGGAACUGCACCUGAAGAGAAGAAGUUAACUGAGGAUGACUUGAUACUACUUGAGAAGAUACUGUCUCUAAUAUGUAACAGUUCUUCAGAAAAACCCACAGUCCAGCAACUUCAGAUUUUGUGGAAAGCUAUUAACUGGCCUGAAGAUAUUGUCUUUCCUGCACUUGACAUUCUUCGGUUGUCAAUUAAACACCCCAGUGUGAAUGAGAACUUCUGCAAUGAAAAGGAAGGGACUCAGUUCAGCAGUCAUCUUAUCAAUCUUCUGAACCCUAAAGGAAAGCCAGCAAACCAGCUGCUUGCUCUCAGGACUUUUUGCAAUUGUUUUAUUGGCCAGGCAGGACAAAAACUCAUGAUGUCCCAGAGGGAAUCACUGAUGUCCCAUGCGAUAGAACUGAAAUCAGGGAGCAAUAAGAACAUUCACAUUGCUCUGGCUACAUUGGCCCUGAACUAUUCUGUUUGUUUUCAUAAAGACCAUAACAUUGAAGGGAAAGCUCAAUGUUUGUCACUAAUUAGCACAAUCUUGGAAGUAGUACAAGACUUAGAAGCCACUUUUAGACUUCUUGUGGCUCUUGGAACACUUAUCAGUGAUGAUUCAAAUGCUGUACAAUUAGCCAAGUCUUUAGGUGUUGAUUCUCAAAUAAAAAAGUAUUCCUCAGUAUCAGAACCAGCUAAAGUAAGUGAAUGCUGUAGAUUUAUCCUAAAUUUGCUGUAGCAGUGGGGAAGGGGGACGGAUAUUUUUAAUUGAUUAGUGUUUUUUUCCUCACAUUUGACAUGACUGAUAACAGAUGAUUAAAAAAGAGAAUACUGUGGAUUAAGUAAAAUUUUACAUCUUGUAAAGUGGUGGGGAGGGGAAACAAAGAAAUAAAAUUUUUGCACUGCUGAA